GCAAUUUCCCAUUGACAUGAACACUCCUUACCCAUAACCCACCGCGGUCGUUCUUGGUUUUUAGUGGUGAAAAUGGCGUCGAGGGCACCAGUGGCAACAGGCAGGCUCCUGUAUGGGCUCCGCAAAUGGUAUUACAACCUGUCCGGCUUCAACAAGCUUGGCUUAAUGCGCGAUGACGUGCUCUAUGAGGAUGAAGAUGUGACGGAGGCCCUGAAGAGGAUUCCAGAAUCCCAGUACUUUGACAGGCAGUUCAGGAUCAAAAGAGCUCUGGAUCUCUCCAUGAAGCAUCAGCUCCUCCCUAAAGAACAGUGGACUAAAUUUGAAGAGGAUAACGGUUAUCUGCUACCAUAUGUGGAGGAGGUGAUCCGUGAGAGGAAAGAAAAGGAAGAGUGGAUAAAGAAAUAGAUGGUUCUGGACCUGUUAAUCCUUGUCCUCCGUUUUUCCCUGGUGUAUUUAAAAUGAAAUCUUACCUAUAUAAAACAGUACUCAUUAAAAAAUUGUACAUUUUGUACAAGA